UGGUCGACGAAGGAAGGUGGAUUGGCAGAAUCUAACUGUUGCGCUUCAGUAAAGUCAGACCACGAAAGAUCAGCGAAGACAUUAUAGCAAGCCAUGGAAGACAGCUUUGCAGGUUACCGGUUUUCGUUCUCUACCAUGUCCACCAAUUUGGAUCCUUCUCAAAGCGAGCAUGAUGCUCCAUCUGGUCUCGUUGGCGCAGACCGACCAGAAUCCUCAGAGCCCGUUGCCGCCACGUCACACACACAGGACACCACAGAUAGAUCAACAUUAGAAGAUGCCUCACCAUUACUUCCCCAGAUCAGUCCUGACACCGACUUUGGUCUUGACCUUCAUUCGAUCAUCUCAGCGGGCGAUCCAGAGAUGGAUAAAGUAAACAAACGUGCGUCAAAUGUGCAGAAACUCGCGCAGGAGAACGAAAAGCUGAAGGAGGAACUACGGGCGAUGUCUCAGAGACUAGAGGCGGCAGAACGCAGGAGACAGGAGCUGGUUCGGAAGAAACAGGCUAUGAAAGAACCUCCCUCAGAAUGAACAUGGAUCGCGAAGCAACAAAUGUAAACUAAUUAUUUUAUAUACCCAGUAUAUACCCUCACUGGAAGUGAAAGAUUUUGAGAUGCUGGGCUAGCA